UUCGAGCUCUCUAACCGAAACACCAGCGUUGUGGUGGUUUCCUAAGAAGAGAGACAGGGAGAUCUCGAGGAAAUGGGGUCAGCGCCGAACGGAUCGACCGGUGCCGUUAUCGAAUCGGACGACGACGACGUAACGAACUCCUCGAUGUCGAUGAAUUUCGGGUCUGUGGAGGCGCUGGAGCGCAUUCGGAGCCUCACGGACGUCGGGACCAUGACCCGGCUCCUCCACGAGUGCAUAGCCUACCAGCGGGCCAUGGACCUGGACCUGGACAACCUCCUCUCGCAGCGCUCUGACCUCGACAAGCAGCUUGUCCACCUCCAGAAGUCCGCCGAGGUUCUCGACAUCGUGGCCGCGGACGCCGAGCACAUGCUGGCCAACGUGUCGUCCACCUGUGACCUAGCCGACCAGGUCAGCCGCAAGGUCCGCGAGCUUGACCUUGCGCAGUCCCGCGUCAACUCCACCCUCCUCCGCAUUGACGCCAUCGUCGACCGCUCCAACUGCAUCGACGGCGUCAGGAAGGCCCUAGAGACCGAGGACUUCGAGUCGGCCGCCAAGUACGUCCAGACCUUCCUCCAGAUCGAUGCCAAGUACAAGGACUCCGGAUCCGAUCAGAGGGACCAGAUGUUCGCCGCCAAGCACCAACUAGAAGGCAUCGUGCGCAAGAAGCUGUCGGCAGCCGUGGAUCAACGCGACCACAAGACGAUCUUGCGCUUCAUACAGAUCUAUUCGCCGCUGGGAUUGGAGGAAGAGGGACUGCAGGUCUACGUUGGUUACCUGAAGAAGGUGAUCGCAAUGAGGGCGAGGCUGGAGUUCGAGCACAUGGUGGAGUUAAUGGAGCAAAAAAGCAAGAAUCAUAACGACCAGAGCAGCCAAGUGAAUUUCAUCGCCUGCUUGACGAAUCUGUUCAAGGACGUAGUCUUAGCAAUCGAAGAGAACGACGAAAUUCUGAGAGGUCUCUGCGGCGAGGACGGGAUCGUUUACGGGAUUUGUGAGCUGCAGGAGGAGUGCGACUCGCGAGGUUCGUUGAUCGUGAAGAAGUACAUGGAGUUCCGGAAGUUGGGCCGCUUGUCGUCGGAGAUCAAUGCGCAAAACAAGAAUUUGCUCGCUGUGGGAGGAGGAUCAGAAGGUCCGGACCCGAGGGAGAUCGAAUUGUACUUGGAAGAGAUACUAUCCUUGAUGCAAUUGGGCGAGGAUUAUACCCAAUUCAUGGUGUCGAAGAUUAAGGGCCUGAGCUCCGUUGAUCCAGAGUUGCUUCCGCGGGCCACAAAGGCCUUCAGGAGUGGAAGUCUUAGCAAGGUUCUGCAAGAGAUUACCGGGUUCUACGUGAUUCUGGAGGGCUUCUUUAUGGUGGAGAAUGUGAGGAAGGCAAUCAGGAUCGACGAGCACGUGCCGGACAGCUUGACCACUUCCAUGGUCGACGACGUCUUCUAUGUUUUGCAGAGUUGCUUGCGGAGGGCCAUAUCCACAUCCAAUAUCAGCUCCGUGGUGGCGGUGUUGAGCGGUGCGAGUAGUUUGUUGAGCAACGAGUAUCAUGAAGCUUUGCAGCAGAAGCUGAGAGAGCCCAACCUCGGCGCCAGGCUGUUCUUGGGUGGUGUCGGCGUGCAGAAGACCGGCACAGAGAUCGCUACGGCUUUGAAUAACAUGGAUGUUAGCAGCGAGUAUGUUCUGAAGCUUAAACACGAGAUCGAAGAACAAUGUGCUGAGAUAUUCCCUGCACCAGCUGAUAGAGAAAAAGUGAAAUCGUGUUUGUCUGAAUUGAGUGAUAUGUGCAACACUUUCAAGCAAGCUCUGAAUGCUGGUAUGGAACAGCUUGUGGCAACUGUAACACCCCGAAUCCGUCCGGUAUUAGAUACUGUAGCAACGAUCAGCUAUGAGUUGUCAGAGGCUGAAUAUGCAGAUAAUGAGGUGAAUGACCCGUGGGUGCAGAGACUUCUUCAUGCUGUUGAGACUAAUGUGGCAUGGCUUCAGCCAUUAAUGACUGCCAACAACUAUGACUCAUUUGUUCAUUUGGUCAUUGACUUCAUUGUUAAGAGGCUGGAAGUGAUAAUGAUGCAGAAAAGGUUCAGUCAACUUGGAGGCCUUCAACUCGACAGAGAUGCAAGGGCAUUGGUAAGCCACUUUUCUGGCAUGACUCAGAGGACUGUUAGGGAUAAGUUCGCCCGUCUUACUCAAAUGGCAACAAUCCUCAACUUGGAGAAGGUCUCUGAGAUUCUUGAUUUCUGGGGUGAGAACUCAGGACCUAUGACCUGGAGAUUAACCCCAGCUGAGGUUAGGCGAGUGUUGGGUCUCAGGGUUGAUUUCAAACCUGAAGCAAUUGGUGCUCUUAAGUUGUAAUUCUCAUCUGUCUAGUCCCCACUCUCCCUUCUUAUUCUUUUAUUCUUCGGGCAUGUUUGGUACGCUGAAUGUCCAUUCCAUUAAGAAAUUGAAUAGCAA